CCCUUCACGUCUUGCAGCUGAUUUUUCGUAACUUUCUAGACUCGGUGUCCGGUUGCCUUUGAUUUCUCGUUUCUUCCGAUCAUUACGGCGGAGGAUUCCCCGGUCUGUCUGGAGACGAGAUCUCGUGACUACGGGUUCUAGUUUUUCUGAUCCCGCAAGCCGCGCAAAUUCACGUCGGUUCGAAAUCUCCGUGUCGAAUUGCUCUCGUGAUCUAAAUCCGUUUCUCGAUUGGAUUGAUUAUCGCGCUGUCCGAGGCACCAAAUCUGCAUUUCUUCCUUCCGGCGCACAGCGCGAAUCCUUUUCUCAUGUGGAAUUGCGCCUGUGUUGAUUUCGUCGAACGGAGAGAGAGAGAGGGUCAGGAGAUUAUGACUUGAGUUAUCUUCCAUUACCAAGCUCCUCAGAACAGUCUGCUACGUAAAGGGUUUUAUUAGCGAAGUGAGAGGAGAUGUUCUCGUUGUUUUAUGGGCUAUGGAAGUAUCUGUUCACUAAGACGGAGUAUCAUGUUCUCAUCCUCGGGAUUGACAAGGCCGGCAAAUCUACUUUUCUGGAGAAGUUGAAAUCGAUAUAUUUGAACACGGAAAGCCUUCCUCCUGAUCGAAUUGUUCCGACUGUUGGACUAAACAUCGGUCGCAUUGAAGUGUCGAACACGAAGCUUGUGUUCUGGGACCUGGGAGGACAGCCUGGUCUGCGUUCAAUUUGGGAAAAAUAUUACGAAGAGGCCCAUGCUGUAGUAUUUGUAAUUGAUGCUGCUUCUCCAUCACGCUUUGAGGAUUCAAAAUCUUCCCUGGAAAAAGUUCUUCGGAAUGAGGAUCUUCAAGGAGCCCCUCUUCUGAUAUUGGCAAAUAAGCAGGAUCUUGCUGAAGCUGUAUCAGCUGAUGAACUGGCUCGGUACUUGGAUCUUAAGAAGUUGGAUGAGAGGGUUUACAUGUUUGAAGCUGUCUCAGCAUAUGAUGGGUUGGGAAUUAAAGAAAGUGUAGAAUGGCUUGUGGAAGUCAUGGAGAGAAGCAAGAGAACUGAGAUGUUGAGAGUGCGUGCCGGGGUAACAGGUCCUGCUUCUGCCUAAAGAUUAUAUCAGGUGCAGUUGUGAUGGCUGUAAAUAAUCUAUAGGUUUGACUUGGAUGGACGUGAUCAAGACAUUUCUAAUUUGCUCCAUUGGCCAUGAAUCUUUUUUGACUGCGUAGAAGUCAGAAGUCCUGCAUCAUACAUCUUCUUCAAAGAAGGAAGCACCUCUACUCAUACAAAUGAAUUGAGAUUAUAGGAGGAACCGAAUUGGAUUUUUUGAUAUGUAUAUUUAGAAUUGGAACAUUGUACCUGUUAAUGCCUUGAACUAUUUGCUUUAAUAAUUAUUGCUUCUAAUGCGGUUCUGAUUGAAAGCAAAA